AUGAGAGAUGGUGGUAGUCCUGUUGUGGUAUUCAUUCAUGGUGGUUCCUGGAUGCAUGGUUUCAAAACACAGCAUAUUAAACUUGGAAAACUGUUGGCUGCCAACGGAGUCACUGCGGUCUUGGCUAACUAUACAUUGUUUCCAAAUUGUGAUGGCGAUCAACAAGUGGAAGAGAUUGGACAAAUCAUGAGAUAUGUAGCUGACCAUAUUGAGAGCUACGGUGGUGAUCUCUGCAAUAUUACAUUGAUGGGACAUAGUGCCGGUGGCCAUUUAAUAACACAAUAUCUCUUGACAACUCACAACACUCCAGAUAAUUCAGAGAGAAUCAAUAUCAAGAAUUGUAUUCCAAUGUCAGCGCCACUCGAUAUGAAAGAACAAUUCAUUUUCCAAACUCAAGUUGGAAAUGAAGAUACUUGUAUGAUAGUUCCAUACUGUGGUGGUGUUAAAGGAUUAGAGAGCAGAUCACCUUUAUAUUGGAUUUCAUUGGCAAAAGAUAAAUCAGUAGAGCUACCAUCAAUGUAUUUAGUAUAUGGAAACCAAGAUUAUAUCGUUCCACCAAUUGUAAACUCUCGAUUUUUACAUCAAUUAGAAAAGAAAUGUCAAGAACAUGUUCAUCUUCAAGCAUUGGAAUACGAUGAUGUUGCACAUGUCGACCUAAUUACAGACAUAGAAGAUCAAGAAAAUAAUGUUUGUAAUUCCGAACCAUUCAACGAGCAUCGUGGAGCUAUCACUAAAAGACAUAAGAAAUUCAUGUUGGGUGAUAUCUUGAGAAUUAUCUUAAAUUAA